GGGACCCCCCCCCCCCCCGGAAGUGACGGUGCCGGAAGCGGGAGCGGCCGCGCGGGCGGGGCGGGAUGAAGCUGCUCACGCACAACCUCCUCAGCUCCCACGUCCGCGGGCUCCGGCCCGGCGGCGGGUUCCCGCUGCGCAUCCAGGCCUCCGAGGUGCGGGUCCGGCCCGUCCCGUUCAACGCCGCGUUCGUGGCGCGGCUCGUGCCGCGGCUGCGGUGGGGGGCGCUGCGGGAGGCGGCGGAGAGCUUGGGGCACCCCUCGGAGCUGCCCCCCGAACCUGCCCCUGACUACGAGGGGGACGAGGACUUUCUGCGGCGGGUGCACCACGUCCUGCUGGAGGUGGAGGUGCUGGAGGGGGUCCUGGAGUGCCCGGACUCGGGGCGCCAGUUCCCCAUUUCCCGGGGGAUCCCCAACAUGCUGCUGAGCGAGGAGGAGGCCUGAGGGGGGGCGGCGGCCUGGAGACCCCCCCCCGCACCCCUAAUUUAUUUUGGGGGGGCCCCCCCGAGGAAAAUGGGGGGGGUCCCCAGGGAGGGUGGAGGCGUUGUUCCCCCCCAAGGGGGGGCGAACCCCAAAUAAAGGGAGUUUUCAGGUG